UGUGAUGCUGAACGGGUUGCAUAGUAAAUGCCGGAUGAGACGCAGUUUCAUGUGUCAUGGAAAAACGAGAAAUAUUUGUUCAAGCGGUGUCUAAGGAGCUGAUUGGAGAAUUUUUGCAGUUCAUUCAACUUGACGAAGAUACUUCUGACCCUUUCAACCUACAUGAAUUACUAGAUGAAUUAUCAAGGAAACAGAAGGAAGAGCUAUGGCAGAGGCUCAAGAAGUUACUCACAGAUGUGUUGCUGGAGAGCCCAGUGGAGGGCUGGCUAGCUGUGCACGCCCAGGGCGGAGACAGCAUGGAAACAGACCACGGUCCAAAAAUGAAAAAAUCCCUAGAGAUAAUCCACGCAGUGACAUCUGUGAUCCUUGCUUCUGUGUCUGUGCUAAACGAGAGUGAGAACUAUGAGGCCCUGCUGGAGUGUGCUGUGAUGCUGAACGGCAUCUUGUACGCACUACCUGAGUCUGAGCGGAAGCUGCAGAGCUCCAUCCAGGGUCUGUGUGUGACAUGGUGGGAGAAAGGUCUGCCUGCCAAGGAGGAUAUGGGGAAGACUGCUUUCACCUUGUUGCUGAGGAAGAGUCUCCAGACGAAAACAGGUGCAGACAUAAGGCGACUUUGGCAUGUUCAUCAAGCUUUAUAUUGCUUCGAUUAUGAUUUGGAAGAAAGUAGAGAAAUUAAAAAUAUGCUACUUGAGUGCUUCAUAAGCAUUAAUUAUAUCAAGAAAGAAGAGGGAAGAAGAUUUCUUAGUUCUCUCUUCAAUUGGAAUACAAAUUUUAUUAAAAUGAUCCAUGGGACCAUUAAAAACCAGUUACAAGGAUUACAGAAAUCAUUGAUGGUACACAUCGCAGAAGUUUAUUUCAGAGCUUGGAGAAAGGCUUCUGGGAAAAUAUUGGAGACGAUUGAAAGCGAUUGCAUCCAGGACUUCAUGUACCACGGCAUCCACCUUCCACGGCGGUCUCCGGUGCACAGCCGUGUGCGUGAGGUGCUGAGUUACUUUCACCAUCAGAAGAGAGUCCGGCAGGGUGUGGAGGAGAUGCUCUACAGACUGUACCAGCCCAUCCUCUGGAGAGGAUUAAAGGCCAGGAACUCUGAAGUUCGCUCAAAUGCUGCACUGCUGUUUGUCGAGGCAUUUCCUAUUAGGGAUCCAAACUUCAAUGCUGUUGACAUGGAUAGCGAGAUUCAGAAACAGUUUGAAGAACUUUAUAGCCUUUUAGAAGAUCCUUAUCCGAUGGUUCGUUCUGCAGGGAUACUUGGUGUUUGUAAAAUAACUUCCAAAUACUGGGAGAUGAUGCCUCCAACCAUCCUUGUUGAUCUCCUCAAGAAAGUGACUGGGGAGCUGGCGUUUGAUACCAGCUCGGCUGAUGUGCGCUGUUCUGUCUUUAAGUGCCUGCCGAUGAUUUUGGAUAACAGAUUGAGCCACCCGUUACUAGAGCAGCUUUUGCCAGCACUAAAGUACAGUCUCCAUGACAGUUCGGAGAAAGUGCGAGUGGCUUUUGUGGAGAUGCUGCUGAAAGUUAAAGCCGUGAGGGCUGCCAAGUUUUGGAAAAUUUGCCCCAUGGAGCAUAUCUUGGUCCGGCUGGAAUCAGAUUCCAGGCCUGUGUGUCGGCGCCUGGUGAGCCUCAUCUUUAACUCUUUCCUGCCUGUGAACCUGCCGGAGGAGGUGUGGUGUGAGCGCUGUGUCACGCUGCUGCAGAUGAACCACGCCGCUGCCCGGAGGUUCUACCAGCACGCCCACGAGCACACCGCCUGCACCAACAUAGCAAAGCUGAUUCAUGUGAUUCGCCAGUGCUUAAAUGCCUGCGUCCGGAAGGCCAUACGAGAGUACCAGGAAGGGAGCCCGGAGGACGCGGAGAGGGAGAAGGAGAAUGUGAGUGUUCUGGACAAAACCCUGUCCAUCAGUGAUGUUGCAUCCAUGGCAGGUUUGUUAGAGAUCGUCGUGAUUCUCUGGAAGAGCAUUCACAGGAGUAUGGAGAAGAACAAAGAGGCCAGACUCUAUACCAUUGACAAGUUUGCCUCUGUGCUUCCCGAAUACCUGAAGGUGUUCCAGGAUGACCGCUGCAAGACCCCUUUAUUCAUGCUGAUGUCAUUCAUGCCGCCUGCCGCCGUGCCUGCGUUCAGCUGCAGUGUGAUUUCCACAUUGAGAAACCAAGAGGAGGGAGCUGUGGACAGGAGCUACUGCACGCUGUUGGACUGUCUCUGUUCUUGGGGACAGGUGGGACACAUUCUGGAGCUCGUCUGUGACUGGCUGCCAGAGGAGCCGCCCCAGAGAAAGACCAACUCGGCAUCUAAGCGGAAAGUGCAGAUCCAUGACCCUCGCCCCGCGAAGCCGGAGUUGGCGUUGGUUUACAUAGAGUAUCUGCUGACCCAUCCGAAGAACCGGGAAUGCCUGCUCUCUGCUCCCCGGAAGAAACUGAACCACCUUUUGAAAGCACUUGAAAUGUCCAAGGUGGACCUGGAAUCAGUCCUGCAGUCACCGGGUGGGAAAGCUGAGCACUUUAGUGAAGCGACAGCCCUGCGAGCCUUCAGCCUGCACUGUCGGCUGGGCAUCCACUUGCAGCACAAGUUCUGCUCAGAAGGAAAAGUUUACCUGUCCAUUUUGGAAGACACCGGGUUUUGGUUGGAAAGCAAAGUUUUAUCUCUUAUUCAAGAUCAAGAGGAAGAGUAUCUAAAGCGGCAUAGGGUUGUUUAUCAGCAGAUUAUCCAGACGUACCUGACUGUGGGCAAGGACGUGGUUAUGGUCGGCCUUGGCGAUUGCAAGUUUCAGAUACAGCUUUUACACUGGAGUCUUGAGAUCAUGCACACGGUGAAGGGAUUCUUCUAUGUUUCAUUACUCCUUGGCAUUCUGAAAGAGGUAACUGGAAGUUCCAUGAAGCAGAAAACAGAUUCAGAUGAAGAAAUCGCAGCUCUGUUUGAUAUGGUCCAGAAAGUCUUUCAGAAAAUGCUGGAGUGUAUGGCUUGGAGCUUUAAGAAGCACCCGGAUGAAGGCCUGCGGCUCCUGUACUCAGUCCAGACCCCUCUGCAGGAGUUUAUAACGGCCGUGCAGUCUUGGCAUGUGGACACACCCGUUCACCGCAGCGUGCUCUCCACUCUGAUAGCGGCCUCUGUCGUCGAGAUAAGUCACCGACUGCGAAAGGUUUCUGAUGUAGAAGAGCUUGGCCCCCCAGAGGGCCUUUCAGAUCUGCCCCCGUUUUCAAGGUGUUUAAUAGGAAUAAUCAUGAAGUCUCCAAGUGUGGUCAGGUCAUUUUUAGAUGAGUUAAAGGCGUGUGUUACUUCUGACGAUAUUGAAGGAAUUGUGUGUCUCACGGCUGUUAUGCAUAUUAUUUUGGUUAUUAACAAAGGUAAACAUAAAAGUUCAAAAGUGAAGGAUGUUGCAGCCGCUGUUCACAGAAAACUAAAGACGUUCAUGGAGAUCACUCUGGAAGAGGACAGCAUGGAAAGAUUUCUCUAUGAAUCAUCAUCGAGAACUUUGGGAGCAUUUUUGAAUUCAUAACCAAGCCAACAUCUUUGGUUAUGUAAAAAUAGAGAAAAGGGACUUAGAGAAAAUGAAAUGAGUCUGUAUUCUAGUGUUUUUAAUGUUAACACCCCAGAUAAUAGAGCAGGUGGGAUUUAUUUGGGGAAAGUGUGAGUAGGAAGCUUAAAGGUUCUUAAAUGUUUGCCCGGUGCCUGCAAAAUAAUAUAUUUAAUGUAAAGGACUCCAGAAAC